CGUGACCGCGUCUAGGCCCGGCCGCGUCCGCCACGCCCAGCGCUCAGCAGCGCCCGCCCCACUGGCCUGGCCCGCCCCCCGCACCGAGCGCUUUUUUGCCGGGCCUCCGGUUCUCGCCGGCUGUCUGGCCAGCCCCCGAAGACGUGGAGCUCUGCGGCGGCCGAUUUGUCAAAGAUGAAAGUGACCUUAUCAGCUUUGAAUACUUCUGAGAGUUCUUUCACGCCUUUGGUGGUCAUAGAACUUGCUCAGGAUGUCAAAGAAGAAACCAAAGAAUGGCUGAAAAACAGAAUUAUAGCUAAAAAAAAAGAUGGAGGUGCCCAGUUGUUGUUUAGACCAUUGUUAAAUAAAUAUGAACAAGAAACACUAGAAAAUCAGAACUUAUAUCUUGUUGGUGCCUCCAAGAUUAGAAUGUUACUGGGAGCAGAAGCAGUGGGAUUGGUAAAAGAGUGCAAUGAUAACACCAUGAGAGCCUUCACAUACAGAACCAGACAGAACUUCAAAGGUUUCAAUGAUAACAAUGAUGAUUUCCUGACAAUGGCGGAAUGUCAAUUCAUUAUCAAACAUGAACUUGAAAAUCUUAGAGCUAAAGAUGAAAAAAUGAUCCCUGGCUACCCCCAGGCAAAGCUGUAUCCAGGAAAAUCAUUGUUGAGAAGAUUGCUCACGUCUGGCAUCGUGAUUCAGGUGUUUCCACUGCAUGACAAUGAAGCCCUGAAGAAGCUUGAGGACACCUGGUACACUCGGUUUGCUUUAAAGUAUCAGCCCAUAGACAGUAUUCGUGGCUACUUCGGGGAAACAAUUGCUCUGUACUUUGGAUUUUUGGAAUAUUUCACUUUUGCAUUAAUCCCCAUGGCUGUCAUUGGGUUACCUUACUACUUGUUUGUGUGGGAAGACUAUGACAAGUAUGUGAUCUUUGCCUCAUUCAACCUAAUCUGGUCCACGGUGAUUCUGGAAGUGUGGAAGCGUGGCUGUGCCGACAUGACCUACAGGUGGGGGACAUUGCUCAUGAAGAGAAAGUUUGAGGAGCCCCGGCCGGGAUUUCAUGGUGUCUUGGGUAUCAAUCCCAUCACUGGGAAAGAGGAGCCUCUGUACCCCAGCUACAAGAGACAGUUGCGCAUUUACCUGGUCUCCCUGCCAUUUGUAUGCCUCUGCCUCUAUUUCUCACUGUAUGUCAUGAUGAUUUACUUCGACUUGGAGGUUUGGGCCUUGGGUCUACAUGAGAACAGCGGGUCUGAGUGGACCAGUGUCCUGUUGUAUGUGCCCAGCAUCAUCUAUGCCAUUGUGAUUGAGAUCAUGAAUCGUCUCUAUCGAUAUGCUGCCGAGUUUUUAACUUCAUGGGAGAAUCAUAGAUUGGAAUCUGCCUAUCAGAACCAUCUAAUUCUGAAAGUUUUAGUGUUCAACUUUCUCAAUUGCUUUGCCUCACUCUUCUACAUUGCCUUUGUCCUGAAAGAUAUGAAGCUUUUGCGCCAGAGCUUGGCUACUCUCCUGAUUACCUCCCAGAUCCUCAACCAAAUUGUGGAAUCUCUUCUUCCUUAUUGGCUCCAAAGGAAGCAUGGUGUGCGGGUGAAGAGGAAGAUGCAGGCUUUAAAGGCAGACAUUGAUGCUACAUUGUAUGAACAAGUCAUCCUGGAAAAAGAAAUGGGAACUUAUUUGGGCACCUUUGAUGAUUACUUGGAGUUAUUCCUGCAGUUUGGUUAUGUGAGCCUUUUCUCCUGUGUUUACCCAUUAGCAGCUGCCUUUGCUGUGUUAAAUAACUUCACUGAAGUCAAUUCAGAUGCCUUAAAAAUGUGCAGGGUCUUCAAGCGUCCAUUCUCAGAACCUUCAGCCCAUAUUGGUGUGUGGCAGUUGGCUUUUGAAACGAUGAGUGUUAUAUCUGUGGUCACUAACUGUGCUCUGAUUGGAAUGUCACCACAAGUGAAUGCAAUCUUUCCAGAGUCAAAAGCAGACCUCGUUUUGAUUGUAGUGGCAGUGGAGCAUGCACUCCUGGCUUUAAAGUUUAUCCUUGCAUUUGCCAUACCUGAUAAACCACGGCAUAUCCAGAUAAAACUAGCCAGAUUGGAAUUUGAGUCUUUGGAGGCACUCAAGCAGCAGCAAAUGAAGCUCGUGACUGAGAACCUGAAAGAGGAACCAAAGGAAAGCGGGAAGGAGAAGGCAACCUGAGUGCCCGGUGUGCCCAGCUGCCCUGUUGGCAGAGGCCUGUGUCUGUGCCACACCCACCACGGUGGGGGGGGGGGGGUACCUGGGGCAGCAUCAUGGCUCCUGAACCUAGACCCAAUGCUUAGCCAAAUGAAGUGGCUCCCAUGUGACAAGCACCCAUCUCAGUUUUGCAGUGGCCCAGCUCAGGAUCCUUGGCAGUUCCCCCAGCCCCACCCUGUCUGUUCCUUCCCAGUUCCUUCCCAGGCCCCACACACUGCUCCAGCGGCCAACUCUGCUGCAAAGCCACUGCCGCCCUUGAGCCUCUCACCGUGGGUGAGCCACCAGCUCUCCAUGUUCCCCUCACAGCAGUGUCACUCCCGGCCCCACCAUGGCCCAGGGACCUGUGGACAGGUUGCGGAUGGGGUGUGUGCCCACUGUGCUCAUCACAGGAGCCUCAGUUGAGAGCGGGGUACAGUAAGGCAGUGCUUCCCGUGCUGGACCUCUUUCCUGGUUCUCUUUUGCAAUAUGUUAACAGACCCUUUAUCAACAUAAACAAUAGUAACUGAGCUAUUAAAGGCAACCUCUCUGACUCC